UAAUUUGCUGUAUACUUGGCGGAGCCUCGUUCGAAAGACAAUUUAGUUGAGAACAAAUGAAUAUGUUUAUUGCGAAAUACAAUAUUUAUAAGACAAUCUGCUAACCUAAUUUUCGGAGUUGAAACUUGUUUUAACUUGCACCGGUAAUAAAAAGCGCUUAAAUACAGCAUUGAACGUCCUUGGUUGUAUUCUGGUGGGAUUGUACCGUAUUAGUUUCACACAGCUGAUAUAUCUUGAUGGAGUAUGACCCGGCUUCACCAACGGAUGAGUUAGAGGAUUGUUCUCCGUCGCUUGAUUUAUCAGCUAUUCCACUACCAAGGCCAAUUAAUGCUCCUAUACCAAAGAGUGUCAGUGAUGUAUGUAAUAUUCCACUACCGCCGGCUGCCAAGAUAGAAGCUUCUGACAUUCCCUUACCAAACCUCAAUCUAACAGUUGAAAAUGUAGAAGAUAAAGGACCGCCGUUUUAUCCUCGUUUGUCUUAUCUCCCAAAGUCUGACACAAUGGAGUCUUUAGGACCUCUAAAAUUUAGUAUGCGAAAGUCUACCAAGUCUUUACCAGGUUCAGAUGUGCCUACAGAAUCAUCCGGGGUUUUCGAGUCAUCUAAGGAUGUGAAAGUUGAGGAGCCUAAAGCCAUGCCUAAACUCCAAGCGAUGAUGAAAAGGUCAAAGCCUUCUCAACUUCCUGUCGGUGUCUUACCUGCAAAAAACAAAUUGCCUGCUACUGAGGUCAAGACCGAUUUAUUUCUACCAACUAAAGAAAGUGAGACUUUAAGUUCUACUUCAGAUCACACCAAAGGUUUACUGUCUCAUCCUCAUUCUGUUCCAUCUUCUGAAUCCAGUGAUCUUCAGUCUACUAGUUCUAUGAUCAGUUCCGGACAACUGAUCCUAUCCGGUACAGUUGACAAGUCUAUGGUACUUAGUAAUAACAUUGCGAAUAAAGCACAUAUUCCUGGAACAAAUUUACCAUUGAAAGCCUCUCCAAUACCAAAUUUAAUGAGUUUAAAUAUCCAACCGCUUCACCACUCUGUACCGAUCGUUGCCACUCGAAAUUUGAUCCAUGCUCAUGCAACUGAUCCCACUCUUGUUCAGGCGUCGAUACCCCCAACUGCUGGAAUGCAGUUUGUUAACCCCCAAAAGUUUAGAUCUGCACAGAUGAUUGCUACUCCGUUGAUAGCUAAUCCGGCCGUUGCGAACCAGUCUCAACAGAAUGAGGAGACGCCGAAGAGUAAAAAUGGUCGUCGUCGAUCAAGAUCACAUUCCCACAAGUAUCCUAGGUCACACAGACGGUCUCGUUCUAGAAGGUCUAGUGGAAAUCGACACUCACGACGUCGUCACUCAUCUAGCUCAUCGAAUUCAGUGCACCGCUCUAGCCGUGCUCGCCACAGAUCGCGGUCAUAUCAGAACUCUAAAGAGCGUCACCGUUCAUCUACUGAUCACGGUCACCUUAAAGGUAGUAGGAAACGCAGUAUUGAUCACAAAAGAAAAUUAGAAGCUGCUGAAAGUAUAGGAAAACGGGACUCAGACAGAAAAAAGUUCCCUACUUCUCAGAAAAAACUAGACCACAAAAAUUCACACUUGGAAGAGACAAAGAGAUCUUAUCAUCGCUCAGGCACUCCAGAAAAAAAAAAGAAAGUGUGUGAUAAAACUGAACGAUCAUCGUAUGUUAAAAAAAGCAAGACUAGCACAAAAAGUGCAGUUGCUCGACCCAUCGUCAAGAGCCUUACAGAAAAGGUAAAUUCUGAUGUUAAGCGGGAAUCUGAUAAUGUGCAAUACGUUCAGACGCAGAAAUUAACUUCACGUAUUACUGGUACACUCGAAGAUGUUUACCGUAAGACCCAUCCAAAACUGGGUUACAGACAAUCAUCAGAACAAACUGAUAGUGAUGAUCCCUCGAAUAGUAGCCCUAAUUCAUCAUCAAACAGCGAAAAUCGGUCUCCUUCUGGAAAGCUUAUUUCACUUAAGCAUGAACAGUCGAGUAAUAGUAGCUCGACGGAUUCCGACUCAAGUCAACAUGGAACUAAUCAUUCUACCAGUGAGGUUAAACAUCGACCCAGUGAGGUUAUUCGGAAUGAACGACAAGUGAGUAAUAUGAAAUCUCAAAAACGGACGUCACAGUCACUCCAUCCAUCCAAAAGUGUGAAUAUAGGUAAGGCUUAGUCGCUACGUUGAGUUUUGGAACUACUAAUGAAAUUGUCACAGUUCCCUCUAACAAUUAAGUAAACUGCUAUCCAUACAAAUCAUUCAGUACUUUGUAUCUACGCACUUGAGGUUUCAUGACAGAUCAACUUUUUGUCUUCUUUAGUGUUGAUUUAAUUACAUCUGAACCUGUGUGUACACUUUCCGUUUAGGUCAAGUAACAUCAGUCUACAAAGCGCUGAGUGUAAUUUUCAGCUGUAUUUUUAAACCUUGUACAUUUUGGCAAUAAAUUUUGUUUCUCAGCUGUGGUUUUUUAAGAAAUCCUGUCAGAGUGAGGUUGUUAUUCUUUGGCGAUAUCUCUUGGGGUGUUUCGUUUAUCGAGUUUAUAAGUUUGACACAGUUUUAUUGCGGGUGAUCUGUCAUUUGUUUACUCGUUUGUGUUGGUAGUUUGUGAUUUCGGUUUAGGUGGAGUCUAGCACUCGUUAGUCUUAGCUACCACUCGCAGUGGUUGCUGUGUAGUCGUAUGAAUCUUGGUCCUUCCGCUAAGAUUAUUUCUUAGGGUUUCCCUAACAGAUUUUAUUCGAAUGUCUGGAAAUUACCUUUUGUUUUGUAGAUGAAAUACCACUACCAUCUCCACCUAACAAUAUACCAAAUUGUAUGGAAGUUCAGCCGGUGGAUAGCUAUGUCAUGGAGUCGGAGUCGAAUGUGGAGUUGGACACAGUCUGUCCACAUAAUGUAGAAGUUGAUAAUGCUCAGAGCUGUCCUGGGGGUGAGUUUAUCGUCACUGUCAAUGACGUCCUUGAACCCAUCUCAGUUCCUGACUUAUUUUCUCAUGUUUCAAGUGAACCUAGUUCCAUCAACGAGUCAUCCCAGCAUUUGGAUAUGCAAGGUGUUCAAAAAAUGUGUGAGGUGACUGAUGGCAUCCAGUCACAACCUGCUAGAGACCUGGAUGUGUUAGAUAUCCAGUGCUCUGAAAUUGUUGAACACGUAGAUGGUACACCACUAACAGUUGUCAGUACACAGGACAUUAGGCCAUGCGAAUCGAAAUACGACCUGCGGAAACGGAAGACUAAGCCUCAUAUCCCGAUGUGUUUUCUGUCCAAUACUCUCAAUCCGUAUGAAAGGUUAUCCGAUUAUGAUGUUGAUCUUAGCAGCAUUUUUUCUUCGUAUCCUGGGGCACCUAUUCCACAAUACACUCACUUGUUGAACAAUGACUACAGUCUUUUGAGUUCGACCCGUUCAUCGAUUCCCAGUAAGUCAACAUACUCGGGGAGUGGUAAGCUUCUUGGGGCAUCUGGAUUGCGUGCUAGUUCAUUACACUAUGAGAUGCGACAAUGGAUUUGUGAUUGCGUCGCUCCUACUCCAGUGGAACUUGAUCUAGGCAUACUUUCCUGUGGUCCUGGUUGUAUCAACCGUGCUCUGAAUAUUGAGUGCGGACCGCAUUGCGCUGCUGGUGAUUUUUGUAGUAAUCGUCAGUUCCAGAUGAGGCUUUACGCUCCGACAAGACCCUUUUAUGCGGGUAAAGACAAAGGGUGGGGACUGAUGGCAACAGAUAACGUCGAGAAAGGAUCUUUUGUAAUUGAAUAUGUGGGAGAAGUAAUUGACUUUUCUGAAUUUCGUCGACGUAUCCGGCGAUACGAACGCCUGGGGCACGCUCAUCACUACUUUAUGGCUGUGGAGUCAGAUAGAUUCAUCGAUGCUGGUAGUAAAGGCAACUGGGCAAGAUUCGUAAAUCACUCAUGCGAACCCAACUGUGUUACUCAAAAGUGGAGUGUGGAUGGUGAAAUACGCAUUGGAUUUUUUGCUAAAGAAGAUAUCCCAUCUGGUCAGGAAGUAACCAUAGAUUAUCAGUUUGUCCAGUAUGGGGUUUCUGAACAAAAGUGUUAUUGUGGUGCGUCUACCUGCUCUGGUGUAAUGGGGGCGACCAGCAAAUAUUUGCAAGAAAAAGUUCGCAUGAAAGAUACUACAAUGGUUGAAAGACGCAUUCUCCAACUCCUUCAAUUAGAUUCGUUCAGAAAUGCAGACGAUAUAACUCUGUUAUUACAAGUUAUGGUUCAAGAAUGCCUUACAAGGUACACUCGAUUGCAGCUUCUCAGCCGUCUGAUUAAAACAGAAAACGAUGCUUGUCUUAAACUUUUUCGACAGUAUAAUGGUCUCGAUAUGUUGGCGGCCUUUAUGUGUGAUGCAGCGCCGAAAGAUUGGGAACUCAAAAAGCAGAUAUUAGUUUGCUUGAAACACAUCCCUGUUUCAGAGCAAAAACAGGUACAGUCGAAUUCACGCCUUAUGGAAAUAGUAGCACAGUGGACUUCCAAUCCUCACCACUGUCGGGCACGUAGUAUUCCUCUCGAGUCGUGGAAGAGUGCUGAUGUACAUAUAGCAGAUACUUCAAAUGUUACUUUGGUUAGAUUUUCCACUGAUGAACUCCCUAUGGAGUCGAAUUUCGACUCUGAUGAAACAAAAUCACUUUCUAAGAGUACCAAGGACAAUGAAUCAUCUUCCAUACAAACAGGUGAUAAGAAUAGUGAUUUUGCUGCAUCACCUUCGAGUUCCGACUCAUUUAGUUCUUCCUUGAAGGAGAAUGCAUCAUGUGUGUUGCAUGCUUCGACACUCCCAGUUUACGAAGAAGGAUUUGACGCUAUCACUCAAACUUCGGAUUGUGAUAUGUCCCCCGUAACUGUUGUGGAUGAUGAUAAUGGUGAAAUUGAAAUCGGAUAUGCAGCCGACAACAACGAAAUAAAUAUGGAUACUGAAGAAUGUAAAGCUAAGACGAAUGAGGAAUGGAUAGAAGAGAUCAAGGCUUUGGCUUGUAAACUGCUUGAAAAAUGGUCUAAAUUACCGAAGGAAAACUACCGGAUACCGCGAUUGGAGCGUCAAGAGACCGAGAAAAUGCUUCAUAUAUCAAAUCCAAUUGGUUCUUCUCUUAUCUCUUGGGGAUCGGAAUACAAAGAUGAACAAGCAAUAUCCAAUAAAUCUUGGACUCAGAAUAGUAACAGUAAAUUCCAGUCAAAUAAAACUCUGCGUGACAAACUGGUUUCAUCUUUCAUUCGAGAGCAGAAUGGUCCAAAAGCAUCCAACAGUUCGUCAUGUUUGUCCAAAGCUGAGAGACGUAUGCUUUUCGAAGCUCAAGUUAAAGCUAAUGAAAAUCAAUGUUCAUCUGAAAAUUCUGUUCCUACAUCGGAUGAUUUUGUGCAGACAAAUCCAUCUAAUGACGAAAAGGAUACAGAUCAUCUUCGUCAGCUAUUACUCUGUGCACUUUUAAGUGAGUGCGGUCGAAACGAUACUGCCCUUUCAAAUCUUUUAUCUAACAUAGCUGUAGAAUUGAAAAGCAUGCCUGUUGUUUCUACUUUGUUACAAGCCUUACCUCGUAUGUUGACUUUGAUGUCCAGUUCCAACGAUUCAGAUUUGGUUACGCGUCUUUGUAAAGAACUCAAACGGUAUGCUGAUGAUGACUUAAACUCAUUACCUGCGGGCUGGAGAUCAGCUGCUGACUCGAGUGGGCGACUGUAUUAUUACAAUAAAGAAACCAAUAGUGUUCAGUGGGAGAAGCCACUAAUAAAUUCCAAUGAAAAAGAUGACAAAAACACUCUUACUGAAGAGCAAUAUGGACAGAUGAAAAGACAGUUUACUCAUGAGGUUGGAAAUUACAUUUUGCGUCUUCUGAAGCCCUACAGACUACCCAAUUGUCUGACUGGUCGUAUAGACUCAAGCGAAGACUUUGUGCAUAUAACGAAAAAGGUAGGAUUACUCUUUUAUUAUCUAGUAACAUGUAUGUAUGAUAUACGUCCAUGGCUUAAAGCUGAUAUCUAAUUACUUCAUUUUCCCAUCUUCCAUAAGUUUUGCAUUUCAAAUAGCAGUGAGAAAUUGCGAAAUGUAGAAGACAGAACAUCUCAUGUAAGAAAUACAUGCAAAUGAGUUUUCCUGUAAGUAAAAUUAAGAGAGUAUACCUGUAUUUGAUGGCUCAUAGUCUUUUUCAUUUUCACUACGACUCCUCAACAACGUAAAAUUGUAUUUUUGAAAGACAGAAUUUUCUUAACAUAUUGUCCAGCUCGUCAAUACGAAUAUUCUAAACUUCCCUUCUGUACUUACGUUGGCACACAUUCAGUUCCUUCCAUGGUCAAAAUAAGUUUAUUAUAUUUUAUGUAUGUUCAUCUUGAGCUAUAUAUUUAUUGUCAAUACCGCUCAUCCAAUAAAAUUACAACGGAAUACUCAUAAACAAAUAACAACUUGAUGUACAUCAAGAAAUGCCGUCAGAUUUCUUCCAUGAGUUUAGUUUCUAUUUAGACACUAUUCGUAUCGCUCUUCAGGAUUUCACUUAUAUAUUUGUUAUCUCAUUGUAGUUGUAGUGUCUUUAAUGUUCUGUUUACAUCUGCCCAUUUUAAAACUAAUGUUCAUUUGUGGUGAACUUGAUCUUCAAUAAAGGGAUAGUCAAAAUAUAUUGCUGGUAUCAUUGUAAUACAUCAUUCUUAAUUUGUUUUUUCGAUUUUCGUUACAUUCAUGUAAUAUUUUAGACAAUUAAAAAGAAAUUAUCUCAACUCUAUUUUCCAGCUAACUCAUUCGUUCGUAUCGAAGGAACUAAAGCGAUCAUCACUAACUUCACCACCAACUUUUUCAAAUGGACUUCAAGAACGUAUACGUUUAAGUGUUACACGGUAUAUGACUUCACGCGGGCCAGUAUAUAGGCGUAAAACGAAAAUCAAUAAUCCGAGGUGAC